AUGGGUAUCUGCGCCUCAUGUCUAGGACGUAAUCGUCGGGAACCCCACGAUCCCAACCACCCCGAAUCCUCUCGCCUCCUCGAUGAAGACAUCUACCAACCCGGCUACGGCUACGGCGCUCUCAAUCAAAGCGCCCAAGGCAACCACCCCGACCCUAGCUACCUGAAGCGCGAACGAGAAGCCCUUGAAGCAAUCUGUCAACGAACAUCAGACUCCGUCAUCGACAUCUGGUCCCUCCAACCCCAACCGCAUCUCCAACCUCGCGCCACCCUCCCCAGCACCGUCCCCCCUCCCUCGUCCUCUGAUGGCGAUGCGCCACCCGUCAAAGUAAUAACAACUGACUCGCCACCGGCUCGCUCAAAGAAACCGUCCUCCCCGGCUGCAAAGGCAGGCGGCACAGUGCCGAAACACUGGGGCGAAGUGGUGAUAAAUACGCGCAAGAAUCGGUCGCGGCCGGGGUCGAGUACGGAUGAAGACGGUGCUGCUAAGAGGGAUGUAUUCGGAGUGUUGAAGGUUACAUGA